AGAAUCUUUAUAAAGUUUGCUACUGUGAAUUAUAUGCUGGGAAACGAAAACAUGAUACAACAUUGAAGGAAAAACUAUUUAUUGAUUGAAAUUAUAAGCAGAACCAGAGAAUGGUCCUUCCGACGGUUAUUUCUUUUGUUGCAGGAGUAGUACUACGAUUAGCAUUAUUUAGAUCUUCACUUCCCGAAUGGCUAAGCACCAAAAGAGAAGUUGUAACUCCAAUUACAUCUUGGGGUCGUGCAAUGGAAGGCUUGGCAUUACAUAAAGAAGGUAUUUCCCCAUACUCUGGUGACAUUUUUCAUGAGAGUCCUUUGAUGUUAAAGAUUCUUGGCUUCAUCACCAGGUUCUCACCAAAUACCAUUAAUCUAAUAUUUGUGGCACUGGAUAUAAUUCAAGGAAUGAUUCUGCUUCGGAUUGCUAAUCAGUUUGGAAGACAUGAACUUCUGAGACAGGCAUCAAGAGUGAAAAAUUUCCAUCCAGACGCUAAAAAGUUUUUACUCAGGAAGGAAGACUUGUUUGAUCUUCAGUUUUAUAUCACUGUGGCAUUUUCAUUUAAUCCAUAUAGUGUAGCAACAUGCCUGGCAAAGUCUACAGCUGUGUUCAAUAACAUAGUCAUCCUACUUGCUCUGUAUUAUAUGCUUAAAGGAAAUCCUAUUUUAUCAUCAGUUUUUGUCGCCUUGGCAGCUUACAUUUCUAUGUAUCCCAUCAUUCUUUGUGUGCCUGUUGCAGUAUACUCCAUAUUGAUGUCAACAAAGGGGAGGGUAAUUUACACAGAUUCUGCAGCUUUAUUUGGCUACCUGCAAAUAGUGUGCAUCACAUUCAUAUCACUGGCCAUUAUGCUACUCUUCUCCAUGUUGUUUGUGGGAUCAUGGGAGUUUAUCCCCUCCACUUACGGAUUCAUAUUAGGAGUUCCUGAUUUGACCCCAAACCUUGGUCUUUUUUGGUAUUUCUUCACUGAGAUGUUUGAACACUUCAGAACAUUCUUCAUCUGUGUGUUCCAGAUUAAUGCAGUGAUAUACACCAUUCCACUCGCCAUUAGACUAAGGGAGCAUCCCAGCUUUUUAUUCUACAUGCUGCUGUACACAGUAGGGAUCUUUAAGUCCUACCCAGGCUAUGGAGAUGUGGGCCUAGUGAUUACCUUACUUCCUUUGUGGAAACACAUCAAAAGUUACAUGAGAAAUACUUUUGUGACAGUCUGUAUGUUCCUAGUCACCACCGUGUUUGCUCCAAUACAAUAUUACCUGUGGAUCUAUGCAGGCAGUGCUAAUGCAAACUUCUACUUUGCCAUUUCUCUAGCAUUCUCUACAGCUCAGAUUCUGAUGGCUACUGAUUUGCUUUUUGCAUUUCUAAAGCGCGAGUUUUUUCUCCACAACGGUGACAAGCACAAACUACCUGAUGGCACAGAUGCUCAGAUCAUUUUAGACUCCUAAACAUUAGAUACAUGUAAUUCAACGAUCAAGCAAUGAUUUUUGUGAUUCUACUGUUUGUCAUUUUUUUAAAGUGUUUUUGAACUUUGUUUGUACACCAUAGACAGAUUUAUAUUUCAUUCAUAUUUUUGAUACAUGUACUAGUCUUAUAGUUAAACCAUGGACAUUUCUAGGAGACACAGUGUUUGUGAAUAAAGAUGUGCUACUGA